AUGUCAAACUCGCCGUCCGUUCCCGAAGAUACCUUGCCUAACCCCCUGGUGACACCUGCUACACCUGCCCAACAUGAUUGCUCGAAAGAUACCGUCGGGACCCCACGUCACUUGCGGCAGGAUCAUCUGUCUCAGGGACCUAGGGAGGUAUCAUCACCAUCGCGCGCUGAAUCUCCCACCGCCCAUUCCUGGGCUUUACCCGUCUCCCGACUACCUCUAAAAAGAACCGCCACCACACCUCCAGAGAAUACCGCGCAGCCCGAUAUUGUUUAUAGGCCGCAGCUGUCAGAACGUGACAGCAUUUUUGCUACUCAUUACCUUCCCUCAGAUAGCGCCGCAACUACCCCACGAUUACCCCCCGAAAAGGCCUUGGGCAAUGAACGCCAGGUCAACUUGAUCCCUAGCCUCGAUGAUGCAUCCGUGUCUCCAAGUGCAUUCUCCAAGGUCUCUCCCCACCGUUUGAACGUCGACCCUUCCCACAUGGAAGUUGACGUCCACAGAAACUCUCCAUUGCGUUCCUCUGCUCUAUUUCCUCCCACCGAUAUCCCCCGUUUGUCUCUCCUGCGCACAUCGACCUCGCCGACUGAUCACAAGAACACGGAGGUUGAGACGGGCGUGCAGGCUCAUUUAGGCGGAUCUCAACGGUACAAGGUGCCAUUGGAUAACACAGGUACGAAGACCAGUCGGUUUCAAGGCACUUUACCUGAGCGGAAUGUUUUCCCGUCCACUCUAGAUGAUGUCUCUCGUACCUCUCACUCUUUGACUAUCUUGUCCUCCGGCCACGGCUCUCAUGUCGGCCAGGAUCUCUUAUCCUACAGCCCUACAGAAGAAACCCCACAAACUCCUGGUGCACCAGAACGAAGCCCCAGUAGAGGUCGUCGUGGCCGGGUUGACAGCUCAAUUGAAGCCAAUUUACCCAAUGCGGAGCCGGCUUCUAAUGUGCGCAGCCGUAAGUCCAGCCACUAUCUGGGUCUUUUCAAAGAAAACACAACCACUACUUCGCCGGAUCGCAAACGACGGGAGGAUCGCGACCGACCGCAAGAUGAGACGGAGUCGAGGGAUAACAUCAUGGAUUAUGAUCAAGAAACACAUCACCCAGAGCAGGAACCUUCGCCGCGUAAAAGCAUAUCACCCUCCGCACUUGAAGAUGCUCCCUCUUUCCAACAUCCUCCGGCUGAGUUCUCUCAGGCCAUACCAGAUGACGUGCCCUCUAAGCGCCGACCUACAGCAUUGCCGCGCAGCUUGCUGGAGGAGAUUAGAAAUUUCCAUCUGACGCCUGGCGGCAGCCAUGGGUCUUCUUUCUCUCAAAGCAUUCCAACCCAAUAUUCAGAGCGCACCCGUGAUUAUUUCCAGAAGGAUAUUAACGAUGAGGUAUCCCCGGCUAACUCUUUCGAGGAGGAGGAGGGUCGUGAAUCAACGCAAUUUGCGGUUGAGGAGGAGGAAAAUGAGCAGAUUUCUUCUGCGCUUUACUUCCCCCACGAGCGCACAGUGCCUGAUGGAGUUGAUGCGCUGCAACAAUUCCCCGAUGGCACUCAUGCUGUACAGCCGGGUCAGCUGCCGGCUGCGGAGAAAGGCCAUGAGCUGAUGUUAGUACCAGAGCGUAGCGAUUCUCCCGAAAAGGAAAUCAGCCAUGUGGAUAUAUCCUUUCGAUCUAAGAAUGAAAGUAAGAUCCUUCGUGGGGAUAUCCAUUCCCCACGAGAGAAUCUGCCAGACAAGCCUUUGAGUACCAUCUCUGAAUGCAGCUAUGAUCAAACAUACGAUUCUGAAGCCGAACCGUCAGCAGAUGAAAGUAUACAAUCUGCUAAUGACCUGACUGACGAGGCCGCAACCCCGACUGCCACACCGACUCAGCCAUCGCGGCUUCUUUCUCGCCCCAAAGCCCCGCCCCCGGGCCCUCUCGGUGCUGUGGAAUUGAAGCCCUAUCGGCAUCAGGUUGGCGGCCACACAACUGUUUUCCGAUUUUCCAGACGCGCUGUCUGCAAGCAGCUGAAUAAUCGAGAGAAUGAGUUCUACGAACGCAUUGAACUGAGGCACCCCGAUAUGCUGGUGUUUCUUCCAAAAUACAUCGGGGUAUUGAAUGUCACGUUCUCAAAGACAUCCAAACGAAAGGAUCAGGUUGAUUCUGCCGAUGGAGUAGUUCAACAGGUGACACCUGCCAAUGGAACUUCAGCCCUCAGCUCUCAGCUUCUCGAGGCAGCAGAGUCACAAGAACCACAGGAGCCACAGCGAGUUGUUAGCCAGUCCCAAGUCACAGGGGUCAUCCCCAAGGUCAUUCUUGAGAACAAUCGCCACAUCAUCCCCGCCGAUCUUUUUACCCGCCAACAGCGACCCCGUACAGCAGAUGACUCAGUCAACCGUGCAAGAUCCAUUGACGGCCUCGAGGGUAUGUCAGUGGAAUCUGAUCCGUCGGCUCUGAGCAAGCGGGCUAAGAUCUGGGGCGCCACGACCGUCAAUCUCAAGCUUCAAGAGCAGGUUCUCCGCGAGGUAUUCAGCCCUCCUGCAAUCCACCAUCACCGACGUCAUGCUCGUGGUCAUGUCCAUCUGCCAAGGGCCAACUCUGACAUGCCCGCAACUAUACGUCGCCGAGAGAACCUAUCAGAAGACCACACAGCCAGCAGUCGACGACCAGCUCCCGGCCCAAUUGAAGCUCUGAAGACAGAAGCAAUUGACAUAAGGGUGCCCCCUAAUGAAGGCCCUGCUCUUUCGUCGUCGGCCUCGACUGCCCUAGACGCCAAUCAGAACCGACUAGAGAAGAUUCGGACCGAAGAGGAUCCCAACCGAGCAAGCUCGCUCUCCCGGGCUUCUCACACAAGACGGCGGCAUUCCGGGAGUGGUCUCCAGAGACGUGGCAGCAUGGAUUCUCGCAACAAUGGAGAACUCCUGUUCUUUGAUGACGAAGAUUAUGCCGGUGACAAGGAGGAUGAAAUUUUCUCGAUGGAAGCCGAUGCUUCGAUGUCGACUUCUUCCACCGCGAAAAGGUCAGCUUCACCAGUGUCAGAAAACAACUUUUCCAAUGGUUUCCCUGCAACCGAAGCUUUCACUUCUAGUAUAACUACUGAUCCAAAUCGCUUCAAACCAAAAGAGCCUCUCGACGCGGUUUUACCCAGCAAUCCUAAAGAGGCGCAGCUGAGAAAGGACGAAAGAGUGCAGUUCUUCCUCCUCCUUGAGGAUCUGACAGCAGGAAUGAAUAAACCAUGCGUGUUGGAUUUGAAGAUGGGCACCCGACAGUAUGGCAUCGAGGCGAAUGAGAAGAAGAAAAAGUCCCAGCGACGUAAAUGUCAGUCCACUACCUCACAGCAGCUGGGCGUGCGGCUCUGUGGCAUGCAGACCUGGAAUGUCAAGAAACAGGAGUACAUCUUUGAAGACAAGUAUUUUGGACGAGAUUUAAAGUCCGGUCGUGAGUUUCAGGAUGCGCUCACUCGGUUCCUUUACGACGGCGUUAGCUAUGUCAGUGUCGCCAAAAAGAUCCCUGUCAUUCUGGAAAAAUUAGCUUUGUUAGAGCACAUGAUUCGACAGCUGAAUAGCUACCGACUGUAUGCUAGCAGUCUCUUGAUCCUUUAUGACGGAGAACCCCAAGCACCUCAGCAAGAACCGCCUCGUGCUGGCGAUAAACGGGGAACCUCCAAUGACGGUCAGAGCAGACUGAAUGUUCAACUGAAGAUUGUCGACUUUGCCAAUUGCGUCACUGGCGAGGACAAACUUCCUCCAGAUACGCCAUGUCCACCCCACACUCCACACGACAUUGAUCGUGGAUAUCUGCGUGGCCUUCGUACACUCCGAAUGUAUUUCCAGCGGAUCAUGAAAGAGGUGACUCUGGACGAAUACGUGGAACGAGGUGAGGGUGAAGCCAUCGCGUUGGGCUCUCAACCUGCGGCUCGUGAGAGAUCUUCUGCUCAGUAUUGGGAUGAGACCAUGAUGGAAACCGACGCGGGUGAAGUUAGUUUCUAG